GUGUCGCUUUCUCCGUGAGGCUCAACUUUAACACCGUGUGCUCCGCCCACUCUCGGGUGACACGCGUGGUGUGUGGAUCUCUUCGCAGCAGCAUGGCGUCUUCAGCUAAGAGGAGAGCGGUGGGUUUGGGCAAAAAUCCCGAGGAGGGCGACAGCAGCUCCGACGAGAGUCUGGAGGAGGAGGAGGAGGACUCCGGGCAGGAGGACAGCGAAGCGUCGGAGGAAGAGAUCAACGAGGAAGUCACUGUGGACUUCGAGGCUCACACGAUCUCAGUCAAUGACUUCAAUGGCGUCAAGAAGCUGCUGCAACAGCUCUUCCUGAAGGCUCAUGUAAACACAUCAGAGAUGACAGAUAUCAUCAUUCAGCAGAAUCAUGUUGGGAGUGUCAUCAAGCAAGCUGAGGUACCAGAGGACAGCGAUGACGACGACCCAGACGAAGUGUUUGGGUUCAUCACAAUGCUCAACCUAACAGAGAGGAAGGGAGUGCAGUGUGUGGAGGAGGUGAAGGAGCUGAUUGUGGAGCAGUGUGAGAAGAACGCCACCCACAGCGUCACAGAGCAGCUAGAGCAGAUCCUCAGCGACACCAGCAAGCCAGUGGGGCUCCUGCUGAGCGAGCGCUUCAUCAACGUCCCUCCACAGAUCGCCCUUCCUCUGCACAAACAGCUACAGGAAGAAAUAGCUGAAGCUCAGAGGACAAACAAGCCCAGUGGGAAGUGUCACUAUUGUCUGAUGAUCAGCAAGACCUGCAAAGAGGCAACCAAGACCAUCCCAGCCAGAGGAGGCGCUCCCAAAGAGGAAUACAUGUUUGUCAAUGCAGAGGAGGAAUUCUUCUCUGAGCAAGCCAUCAUGAAGUUCCACUACUCGGUCCAGGAGGAGACAGACUCCUGUUUGAGCGGCAGAUGGUCGUUUGAUGACGUCCCCAUGAAGCCCUUCAGGACAGUGAUGCUGAUACCUGCAGACAGAUUCCCUGCCAUCAUGGACAAACUCAAAGAAUACUUAACCGUGUGAACCUCACAAUAAACCAAAGCCACCUAUGUACACACUGAGGACUUUCAGGGUCAUGGAAAUGGUUCACUUCUCUCUUAAGAGACUUCUGGUAACAUCAUCUACAGUAGUGUCACUAUUGUAAACCUGACGAGCUGUUUUUUCUCCAGAAAUUGUAGAGUUUUUUUUUUUUACAAAUUCCAGGUUCAUUUAAGAAACGUCGCUGACGGAUAUCACCUCUGCUUAUAGUGCAGAAAUAUAAAAAUGUUACAUUGUGAAUAUAAGUAGAACAGCACAGUCAUGAUGUACUGAUUAUCAACCAUGUGUUUAUGAAAUUAGUAAUUUUAGACUCUAGUCUCAGUGAAUGGAGGAGGAAACGGGUCAUUUGCUAAUUUGAUAACAGUUCCAGAUUUUUCUUUGAUGAAACCUGGUAGAAAGCUGAUGUGAACCUAUUUGAUCUGGUUUAAUUUGCUAAUAUUAAAUCAUAUAUACAAGCA